GAGCUCACCCUGUAGCGUGUGUUGUGAUGCGAGGAGAUGAUGCGUAGUUUCGAUGUUUUCGUUUCCUUGGGCUUGUCUCGUUGCCUGGGACUGCUCAGUGCGGGGUUCGUUGUUGGAGGAUUCUGAGCUUUUCGAGACGUUUGAGACGUCGUUCUGUUCUGCAUGUUUUUGAUGUCAUUGAUGCCUGAUUUGGGGGUUGAGAGUAGUGGGGGGUUUUAGCUAGAUUCCGCGAGUGGUUUGUGUAUGGUGUAGUGCUUGUAAGUUGAUGUAGCUGCAAUGUUGAGGGUUUCGAUAGUCUGGUAUCAUGCGACGUUCGUUGUGAGACAAACCUUUUUGUGUGGAGAGGUUUGUGGGAUGUUUACGAACUACUGUUUGUAGGAGGCUUGAAACAAUGUUUGGCGCAUUGGAUGUGCAGGUGCACUCUGUUUGAGUUGGAGUUGUGGCGAUCGUAGGGUGACGAAUGUGGAAGACAUUAUGGAGUGAUUGUUCUGGUGCUAGAAGGUUUUCUCAGCUCGAACCUCCUAGGUGAAUUCUAUCUGUUCAGACGUUCUUCGGGACUUCCUACUCUUACAUGAUCGGGAAGCCGUAACUAGGCCAUAAACAUUGUGGGGAUCGUUUGCUUUGCGGACAUUGGAGAUUAAUACAUUGAUGAGAGGCAAAUCGUUUGAUGCCAUUGAGAAGGAUUGCUGGAAUGGGAGGUGCAAGGCACAGUAGUCAUGACCCAUUUCACACUUUGGUCCACAUGCGGACUUAGUUACCUAUCACCAGAGACCGAAUAUUUGUCGGUUUUCAGAGUGCAUUACGUUGCAUGCAGCUACUGGGAUAGUAUCACGUAGUUCCUUUGCAGGUUUGUGUUAAAUCAGUGUAAUCGUCAACGAUCAAUUGGAGUAGAGAAUCAUCCAGGCGCACUCUAGCGGGAUGAAGGAAGUCGAGCUCGCAUAGAUUGGGCCUGGAUUUUGGGGAACGAGGUCAAGCACGUCAGGGUGCAGAGAACCCUGUAGUGUUUAGAUUGCAUCCCGGAGCUCUGAGUACUUUAGGUGCACCUCCUCCCGGGUUUUGAGUUAAUAAAAGGGUGGCUGCCAGCAUUCUCAAAUAUUCGGGAGCCACAAGUGGAGAUGAUAGCAUAAGGUUCACCUAGAAAUUUGGGCAUACAUGUUAUUCCAUCAAUUGAAAUAGCGAUGCGAUGUGCCUGAAGCAUCUGCUGCCGGCUUAGAAUUUGAGCGUGUGGGUGUGCAAAAUUUCCUAGCUCGAGAGUUUGGGAAUAUUUACGACCUAAGUAUGUUGCUCCACUUCCGGGACCCAGCCAAGCUGAGAACACAAAAGGUUGUGUACGAAGAAACCUUCUAUGCACGAGAUUCUGGCACUUUGGAGCAGCUGAGGGAGCUCAGCACCAGGCGGGAAGCCAUUCAAAAUUCCAUCGAUGGAAGUUGCAGAAUUACUCCUGCCAUUGCAAGGGAGAUGGCAGGGGGUAUCACUUCUCCAGUUUUGCAGGACUUACAGAAGAUUGAGCGGUACCUUCCAUUGCUUGAAAAUCUGGUUAAUUUUCUGGAAACGAAAAAGACAGAUUACAACGUAGUGCAGUGGAUGUCUGGGUUAGCAAUUCGUUGGACGAGCCCCUUGAGUAGAUUAAGUCGUAGAGGUGCGAAGGGGCAGCGGGAUUUUCAAGUGGAUGAUAUGCGCUAUGAACUGGGAAUGACCCUUAAUUUGUACGGGGCGCUGCUAAGAGAGCGUGCUUUAGAGGUGCUGCGUACAGACAAGGCGGAGGCAGCUACCCUGUUCAGGAGAGCGUCAGGAGUCUACUUGCACUUGACGAAGAAUGUAUUGCCUCCAUUGGAAGCCUCGCUGACUCCAGAGAGCUGCCCCGAGGUCAGAGCAUCGCUGGCGUCCAUCAUGAGCAUUAUCUGCCUGGCUGAAGCACAGGCAGUGACAGCCAUGAAAGCAGAGGAGAAGGCCUCCAGCGAGAGUCUGCUAGCAAAGCUUCACUACGGGGUGGUGCAAUUCCUGGAGGAAGCUAAGACACUGCUUGAAGAAAGCAAAUGCGACUUAAAUGACCUCACCGGCAAGCUAAUGAAAUUUAUCAGGAUGUGUAGCGUACUCCACGAAUCACGAAGUCAGAGGUAUAUUGCAGCUGAAUAUUCUAAGAUCGAACGAUUCGGCGUAGCGGUUGGAGUGCUGCGUUAUUCCCUGAAGAGAGUGCUACCUCUCCGACCAGGUCAUGAAUGGAGUUCUUACAGAAAGUUUCUGCCCACAUUGCUAUUUAAGCUGACCAGUUGUGUAGCUCCUGGACCGACUUCCGACGAUACGUGGAAUCACAUAUUUCAACGGGAGUUGGAUGAACUUCAAAAUAUGCUUCGAAAAUGCGAACAUGAGAACGAGUUUAUCUGGCAUGAGAAAAUUCCAUAUGUGGAUGAGCUGCCCACGCUGGAAGGAACAAGGAUUGUUCAACCUGUUCCCUACAAGUCCUUGGGGUUGGACCGCGAGUUUGUAUUUGUGAGGUGAGUUCAUCCUCUCAUCCCUCGUCACAUUGUGUAACCCAGCUGCCGAACCUGGGAAACGGAUAGAAUUCCUGACGUCCUCAAUUCACUUCUGCCCCGAGACCUUUGACUGUGCAUCCUAAGAGCCGUCCAUUGUGUUCUCUUUAACUUUUAUCUUACAAGCCUCCAUCAAUUCGGUGGCUUGGUAAGUAAAACAAGGCGGCAGGUCAAUUGUUACUUAAUCUGGCAAUCCAGAUCAAAUUUGGUUUUUGACAAGACAUGUGUAAUUUAGAAACGUAAAUAUAUUUUUUAAUUUUUUUGUUCACGAAUCGAAACAGAUAGUCUACUGCCGUUUCAUAGCUUUGUACUCCCAUUGACAACUUAAUCUCAAGAGCCUGUUUUUGGUAUCCCACUCAAACGCCCAGUAAUUGAUUUAAAUCCUAUCACCUGUUCAUCUAUUAUAUGAAAGCAUCCACUUACAUUCUUUUUUUGUACUCCAAGUGCAUAAGUCAUUAUGUAUCUUGAUUUACUUCUAUGUGAUAGGUCAGAAAUAAAGAUGUUAUUGGGACUGGUGUCA